AUGGUUCUUAUAGAUGAGGAUAAAUAUAUAUGUAGUUUGAGGAAAAAACCCAAAUAUAGAGAAUCACAGAUAUUUGCUGAAAUUCUUGCAUAUGCCUUCACUAAUUUUGACAAUACUAACAGUUCUACAAUAGAAAAGAGUCAAAUGGUCUAUACAAUAAAAGUUAUUGGAACAAG